AAAAGAGUAUAAAAACGGAUGUGUCCAUGCCGUUUCUUUAAGUGCCUCAAGUUAAGCGAGUGACGUGGCGAAAUUCCGAGCAGUCCUUGAAUACCUCAGCACUACUUGACUGGAAGAAGGGAUGGAACUGCGACGGAGGUGUUUUUGUUUUUUUUGUUUUUUUUUUCUUCUUCUUCUCCACAAAUUCACAUGAUGAACGCCCGCUAGCCCCUUCGGUUGUAACAACGGCACCCCCGCUCUCGUUCCGUUUUGUGCCAAAAAAAGGAUAAAAUGACAGAUUAAUACCAUGUUUUUUUUCUUCACGGAGGACAAGGAACACAACAACAACACCGUCGUACCUUCCGGCGGCCACAGUGGACGACGUGCGGGGAUGCUUUUGGCGGUUCGAAUGUAGAAACUAGUAACUACUGGCACCAUUUUAGUCAACAUAUACUACAUUUUUUAUUUUUAUUUUUUUUAGACUUUCGCCUUUUUUUUUCAAUUGUUGCACUUUGGAUUUCUGGUCGGCAUCCACCAAGAAAGCAAAGCAAAGACGAGGUCAUUCGACUGAAAACCUAAUCAAUAAAGAGAUGACCCUCGUCUUGUCCAUGAAUCCUUUCCUGGAGCCAGAGAGAGAACCCCCCCUCUCAACAUACCAACCAGUAUGGAAGACGCAGCGCUGCAGUAAGACCUGCCUGUCAAACGCCACGUCACCGAGCUACACCGAAGAGAAAUCCAAACAGGAAACUCCCUUUCGGCGACUUCCUGACCACGUGUCGAUGUCAAGACUCUCAUUCUUCAAGAGGAAGUUUGUCGACGAUGACGAGGCUUCGUUCAGUUUCAGGACGUACUGCCAAACUGUGGCCCCAGUUUUGGAGGAACGGGCCCAUGUUCUGCGUCUUUCCCUGGAGAAGAUGCGAUUCAUCGAUGACCCCGAGGCGUUCCUGCGCCGCUCAGUCCUCGUUAACAACCUCCUUCGACGUCUACGAACCGAGAUCCUUCUCCAGAGCAGCGACUGGUGCUUCCCCCCCAACCCAGUUCUCAGCACCAUCUUGCCACCGGGAUCAAACCCCACAAAUCAGGCACUAAGCAGGGCUGUACCCACCCCGAUCUGCUUAGCACCCCAAGCCGGACCACCCUUUCGGAAGAGGUUCCGAAUGGUCCGUGCGGGACAGGGGGACCUUCGCAGUGACUGUGCCCAGACGUGUUGUUGCUUCUACGCCGCAGCAGCGGCUGCCGGACACUACCUUCCACUUCCCUUCUCCAUGUACGAUGCAGAACUGUCCUCGCCGCACUCGUCCUCCGUCUUUCAAAUAGCCGGUCACCAUAAGAUAGGACUGACCGUUAUAGAGGGCCAUGAGGAUGAGGAGGACGACGACGAUGAGGAGGAACUUGAUGACGAGGACGAGGAGGACGAAAUAGUUAGCGGACCUUCUUCCGGUUGGGUUCAGGGCAAGUCCAAACAGAAAAGUAGGACUAGGAGCCUGCUGGGUCAUACGAGGACAGAGGCGGAUAGCCGCGUGACGGGUAGCAUCGAAGAGGAGGAGGAGGAGGAGGACGGUGAAGUGGAGGAAGACGACGAGGAAGAUGGCGGCAUCAGGCAUCGUGAAUGGGACUCGGCUUCAGAACGAGACCUUCUCAGUGUUCACUAUUGGUACCAAAGGGGUCACAGACAGUAAGACUUGGCUUGCGUUCAUGCUCACACGAGUCCAUUCGUACCGUGCUGCACUUGGGUGCCAUGCCCCCACCCCCCACCCCAACAACCCCUUCUUCUCUGAACCACAUCACACAGGAGCAUUCGUGCUUGGUACGUAUACAUCGCUGUCAUACUAUUAGUAUCGGCCAUUUUUGAUGAUUUUGACUGAUUUUUAAAGGCACACAGAAUAUUGCGUUCUGGGUCAAUAUAGACAUCAUAUAUACCAAAAGAAAGGUUAGACUCUCAUCUUUCAUCAGGAAAAAAAAGUUAGUUUCUACCUUUUUCCGUUCUUUAGUAAUCAGCUGUACAACAUAGGAAAGUUUUCUGCAGAAUCACUUCUAAAAUUUGUUUACAAAUAUAACAUACAGAAUAUUGCGUUCUCGGGCUAUAUAGACAUCAUAUAUACCAAAAGAAAGGGUAGACUCUCAUCUUUCAUCAGGAAAAAAAGUUAGUUUCUACCUUUUUCCGUUCUUUAGUAAUCAGCUGUACAACAUAGGUAAGUUUUCUGCAGAAUCACUUCUAAAAUUUGUUUACAAAUAUGACAUACAGAAUAUUGCGUUAUCGGCCGAUAUAGACAUCAUAUAUACCAAAUGAAAGGUUAGACUCUCAUCUUUCAUCGGGAAAAAAAAGUUUGUUUCUACCUUUUUCCGUUCUUUAGUAAUCAGCUGUACAACAUAGGAAAGUUUUCUGCAAAAUCACUUCUAAAAUUUGUUUACAAAUAUGACAUGCAGAAUAUUUCGUUCUCGGGCGAUAUAGAUAUCAUAUAUACCAAAUGAAAGGUUAGACUCUCAUCUUUCAUCGGGAAAAAAAAGUUUGUUUCUACCUUUUUCCGUUCUUUAGUAAUCAGCUGUACAACAUAGGAAAGUUUUCUGCAGAAUCACUUUUAAAAUUUGUUUACAAAUAUCACAUACAGAAUAUUGCUUUCUCGAGCGAUAUAGACAUAAUAUAUACCAAAUGAAAGGUUAGACUCUCAACUUUCAUCAGGAAAAAAAAGUUUGUUUCUACCUUUUUCCGUUCUUUAGUAAUCAGCUGUACAACAUAGGAAAGUUUUCUGCACAAUCACUUCUAAAAUUUGUUUACAAAUAUGACAUACAGAAUAUUGCGUUCUUGGGCGAUAUAGACAUAAUAUAUACCAAAUGAAAGGUUAGACUCUUAUCUUUCAUCGAGAAAAAAAGUUAGUUUCUACCUUUUUCCGUUCUUUAGUAAUCAGCUGUACAACAUAGGAAAGUUUUCUGCAGAAUCACUUCUAAAAUUUGUUUACAAAUAUAACAUACAGAAUAUUGCGUUCUCGGGCGACAUAGACAUAAUAUAUACCAAAUGAAAGGUUAGACUCUCAUCUUUCAUCGGGAAAAAAAAGUUUGUUUCUACCUUUUUCCGUUCUUUAGUAAUCAGUUGUACAACAUAGGAAGGUUUUCUGCAAAAUCACUUCUAAAAUUUGUUUACAAAUAUAACAUACAGAAUAUUGCAUUCUCGGGCGAUAUAGACAUAAUAUAUACCAAAUGAAAGGUUAGACUCUCAUCUUUCAUCGGGAAAAAAAAGUUUGUUUCUACCUUUUUCCGUUCUUUAGUAAUCAGCUGUACAACAUAGGAAAGUUUUCUGCAAAAUCACUUCUAAAAUUUGUUUACAGAGUUCUUAUAAAAUGCACUUCUGGUCAAUUUUCCGGAUCUGACACAUUUGUAAGUUAAAUAAAAGCCAAAUAAAGUAAAGAAACAAAAAGUACAUAUAAUGCCAUUAUAUAUAAUAUAUAAUGUAUAUAAUGCCGGUCCAAAAAAUUGCAUUAUAUGUACUUUUCCAAAAUAAAAACACUUUUUUGUUUUACUUUAUUUGCCUUUUAUUUAACCUACAAAUUUGUCAGAUCAUUUUGCCUGACCCUGGGUUAGGGUUUGUUCGUUUGUUUUGAUAAAUGUUUCCACAAUAAAAGCGCCAUGCUCACCGGUCCAAAAAAUUGCAUUAUAUGUACUUUUCCAAAAUAAAAACACUUUUUUGUUUUACUUUAUUUACUUUAUUUUACUUUAUUUUUACUUUUAUUUAACCUACAAAUUUGUCAGAUCAUUUUGCCUGACCCUGGGUUAGGGUUUGUUCGUUUGUUUUGAUAAACGUUUCCACAAUAAAAGCGCCAUGCUCACCGGUCCAAAACAUUGCAUGAUAUGUACUUUUCCAAAAUAAAAACACUUUUUUGUUUUACUUUAUUUGCGUUUUAUUUAACCUACAAACGUGUCAGAUCAUUUUGCCUGACCCUGGGUUAGGGUUUUUUUUGUUUUUAUAAACGUUUCCACAAUAAAAGCGCCAUGCUCGCCGGUCCAAAAAAUUGCAUUAUAUGUACUUUUCCAAAAUAAAAACACUUUUUUGUUUUACUUUAUUUGCCUUUUAUUCAACCUCCAAAUUUGUCAGAUCAUUUUGCCUGACCCUGGGUUAGAGCAUAAGCUUUGUUUUGAUAAAUGUUUCCACAAUAAAAGCGCCAUGCUCACCGGUCCAAUUCAUGGCAACAACUGAAAACGAAACCAAAACAAUGGCAUUAUUAAGAAACUUUUUAGUUUUACUUUAUUUGCGUUUUAUUUAACCUACAAAUGUGUCAGAUCAUUUUUGCCUGACCCUGGAUUUUAUUUUGAUGAUGAAUUGUGUCUUAUUCGAGGAGCGAAUUAUUCUGUGACUCGCGGUGGUGGGGGAGGGUUGAUGUGUGACGCGGGUUCGAGCACGGUACAAUCGACCUGGUGUGAGUACAGCCUCGUUCUUGUAGAGUAAAAAUACAUAAAUGACAGCAACUUCUUUGGUUGAACUUUACCUCCAACGCCAGCUUUGUGUCAUUGAUCGAAAAAAAAACAUGUCUUUAAUUCCCCGAUUUGGAUUUUUGAUUUUUAUUUUUUUUUGCUUUCUAUUCUGCAAGGAUGUCAAAUUUAAUUGUUGUUGAACGAAAAACCGGCCUCAACAUUUCUUCAUACAUCGUACUGUGACGUUAAAUAUGAAGCCAUCAUGUUGCACUGUCUUGUCUCUAAGACCGUUUUUUCCUGAAUCAGCAAUCGCAAACGUGGGCAAAACACGAGUGGAAGUGCCUUAGCGUUUUUACAGAAACACGUAUUUUGUGUGUUCAUAUACUUCUUCUUUAGUAGCCAUCUGCUAAAAUGACAUUUUGAUAAACGCAGUGAUGUUUUCAGAUGUGGUUACAAUUUUUUUUUUUUUGGAAGAAGACUAGCUAUAAAACUAGCCAUGAAAAAUGUAUUCCGUUUUUUUUGUACUCGGAGUGCAUGUGAUCGAGUUUCUGCACUGAACUCAACUUCGACCAACUUGAGCCGACCUUGAAGGAAACAUCGGUUACUACUUGAUGAAGUGUACUUUUUAUUUUCUUAGGGAUGUUUUAGCUGUACUUUCUCUUGUUUUGCCUUACAAGAAUUCAAUCUCAAAAUGGACGGAUAAUAUUUGUCAUAAAUCUUCAUAGAACCGGUAUUGUCAUUCAGUUUUUUGGUUUUUAAUUGGCCGAGUGACCUUCUACGGUACAGUAGAGCUCGCAUAAGUUCUUCCCGAUUAUGGCGACGAGCCAUCGUUCCAUUCCAUUUUCUUCGGGAAGUCAAGUCCAGACUUGAUGACCAAGCUAUGUCUUAGUUUAGGUCGCCCAAUGGAGGAAACUCGUUUCAACCGCUUGUAUUCGUAGUUUCGUUUUUUCGGUCACAACCCGAAGGCAACCAACCCGUCAUAUAAGUCGAUAAAAUCAGUUCUUAUAAUUUAUAGUAACGCACAACAAGCUAAAACUCAACUCUGAAACCCAUCCAACGGCACUUCCUGUCCUCCCGCCAAUCAUUCUCGUAUGAGUCUGGAACCAAUUACCGUAUUUUCCGGACUAUAACACAGCUUGGAGACCCGAAUUCAAUCCCACUCUAGGCUAUCUCUGUGUGGAGUUUGCGUGUUCGUGGGUUUUCUCCGGGUACUCCGGUUUCCUCCCACAUUCCAAAAACAUGCUAGGUUAAUUAGCCACUCCAAAUUGUCCAUAGGUAUGAAUGUGAGUGUGAAUGGUUGUUUGUCUAUAUGUGCCCUGGGAUUGGCUGGCCACCAGUCCAGGGUGUACCCCGCCUCUCGCCCCAAGACAGCUGGGAUAGGCUCCAGUACCCCUGCGUACUACUGUACUAUUACUACUACUACCUGUUUUUGCACCAUACUAUUAACAUUCUAUAUGCCUCACAGCCAGGAGACCCGAGUUCAAUUCCACCCUCAGCCAUCUCUGUGUGGAGUUUUGUGUGGGUUUUCUCCGGGUACUCUGGUUUCCUCCCACAUUCCAAAAACAUGCUAGGUUAAUUAGCGACUCCAAAUUGUCCAUAGGUAUGAAUGUGAGUGUGAAUGGUUGUUUGUCUAUAUGUGCCCUGUGAUUGGCUGGCCACCAGUCCAGGGUGUACCCCGCCUCUCGCCCGAAGAAGACAGCUGGGAUAGGCUCCAGCAUACCCGAAACCUUAGUGAGGAUAAGCAGUAGAAAAUGAAUUAAUGAAUGUUUACAACCGGGAUGAGUGAUUAGCAUGCAGGGCUCACAGCAAGAACACCCGAGUUCAAUUCCACCCUCUUGUGUGGAGUUUGCAUGUUCUCCCCGUGCAUGUGUGGGUUUUCUCCGGGUACUCCGGUUUCCUCCCACAUUCCAAAAACAUGCUAGGUUAAUUAGCCACUCCAAAUUGUCCAUAGGUAUGAAUGUGAGUGUGAAUGGUUGUUUGUCUAUAUGUGCCUUGUGAUUGGCUGGCCACCAUGCCUCUCACCCGAAGACAACUGUGAUAGGCUCCAGCAUCCCUGUGACUUUCUGGAGAAUAGAAAAUGAAUGAAUGUUUUUUUGGAAUGUGGGAGGAAAACGGAGUAUCCGGAGAACAUGCUAACCAAUCUUCAAAAGAACAGCUAUAAAUAAUAAAUUUCUGGAACAAGCGAACCCCCCACCCCCACCCCCUCGUUAUUUUGCCAGGUAUGGAAUCGUUUAUGUUAAGCUUGUCUUCCUUGCGGUUUCAUCUCAUGUUGAAAGCGACACUAAAACAUCGCUAAUGUUUAUUUUAGCAACUGUGACUCAAAUUUUCCCAGCAAAUAAGAAAAGGAUUAUUUAAGCCGUGGAAAAAAAUCCUGUGUAUAUCUGUGGUAUUAUUUUAUUUCACAGAAAGAAUUACACAAAGCUACGUACUGAAGCAAAAAAAAAUAAAAAAUAUAAAAAAGUGUUAUGAAAUAUGUAAUGAAAAACAACAUAAGAUGAUGUUCUGUGAUGUGUAAAAAAAAACAAGUAAAAAAACAAAGUGCUUUUUUUUCUCUUCUCUAUUAAAACUCUCUUCAUCCUGAAAGCGUUGGCAUUCAUUCAGCGUGUGUGCGUUUUUCUUGCGUUCCGACCUGCGAUGUUCCUCACGAGCAUGCAAAUGAAGCGUCCAAGACAGGGAUCGGGGGGGGCAAUUUUUGAAAGCCGCUCACUUUGUUAUUACGGGCUGUUAAAAAUACUCUUAUCUACUGGUGCAAUGGGGCCCUCGCCGACAUUGGACAGUGAAAUGUUCCUUUGAUGCGGUAAUAGUUCUCAGCACGACCGCCCUAAUUACUGGAUUUCUGCUGGAAUUGUGCACGUCUUGGAUGACAUUAAUUCAGAUUGCUUGAAAGCCGCUAAGCCAGGGGUGGGCAAACUACGGCCCGGGGGCCACAUCCGGCCCGCCAAGUGUUUCAAUAUGGCCCGCCUGUUUUUUCCAAAUAUUUCAUUUGAACUCAACGUACAACCUGGCAUCGUGGCUCGGGCCAAUUUUUUGAUGGUUGAGGUAGCUGCUUUAUCAAUUUCGUUAUUUGAUGUGGUCUGUUGCAAAAUGCUCCUGUAAAAAGGGACACAAGCACAUAAUAAUAAUAAUAAUAAUAAUAAUAAUAAUAAUAAUAAUAAUAAUAAUAAUAAUAAUAAUAAUAAUAAUGUUGUCAAUAAUGAUAAUAAUACUACUAUUAUAUUAAUAUUGUUGUUAAUAAUAUUAAUAUAAUAAUGGUAGUAAUAUUACAAAAUACUCCUGGAAAAAGGAGCACAAGCACAAUAAUAGUAAUACAAAUAAUGAUAAUAAUACUACUAUUAUAUUAAUAUUGUUGUUAAUAAUAUUAAUAUAAUAAUGGUAGUAAUAUUAUUAUUAUAACAAAAUAAU